UAUUUGGCCGUAUGAUUUUGUUUGCCCCUAUUGAAACGGCUGUAUGCAGUUUGGACCUGAAAACGCAAUUUCCCUGUAGAAGAAUACGGGUAAAUCGUGUUUGGGCUGGCAGCUAUGAAUUACAAUACUUGUAAUAGAUUUACCCUUCUGGUUGGGCGUUGUGCUGAAAAUGUCGGAUUACACCGGAGGCUUUACCGUGAGCGAACUCACGUAAUGACGACGUUAUACGUACGACCACACGGUAUAAUAAAAGCCGCGGUUUUCAAUCCGGUUCGGCGCUCUUCUCUUGCCUUCGUUACUAAGACACACAACGUCUCUCGAAUCCCAUGGCGUCCGCCCGCUUCCGCGACGUUCGCUGGCUGCUCGUCUGCACUAUUUUGUGCGAUGCAGCAAUCAGAGACACCGCUUCGAUUCCUCCUCCACCCCCUACAACAGUUCUCGUCACUACAUCAACAACAGAGAUUACGACCACUCCUAUUAUGGAUUAUCCGAAUUGGUGCUGGAUGCAACCAUGUCUCCAUGGGACGUGCGAACCUUCUUUUGACUACUACUACUACCGGUGCAUCUGUACUCCAGGAUGGUCCGGACCUAAUUGUGAAAAUGAAAUUCCCGAUGUCUAUUGGACACGGUGGUAUGACCGCGAUGACCCAUCUGGAAAUGGAGACUAUGAAACUCUGCAGCAACUGAGACAAGAAUAUCCUGGUGAAAUCUGCCUCUCUCCUUUAGCGAUAGAGGCGAUGACGCUGGACUGGAUUCCUGCCGAUCAGACGGGACAGGUCACCGUGAAUGGCACAACAGUCGGGUUUUAUUGCGUGAACAUUAGGCAAGUGGACAACCAAUGCCUGGACUACCAAGUCCGUUUCCUCUGCCAGGCAACCGAGUCUCCACAACUAAACUGCACGUCUCAAUACCUCGAGCUGAAGAUCCCACUGGACAAACUGAGCUCGCUCAACCUCUCACCGUUGGACAUCCACCUGGAGGACGCCUCGUGUCGUGGCGUCUUCACGCAGCAGUACCUGAUCCUGCACAGUGACCUGCAGUCCUGUGGCACCACGGCCGAGGCCCAUGGCGACACCAUCGUGUAUUCGAACACGGUGUAUGGCUUUGUGUCGGGAACCACCGCCAAGAAACUGCGCAUCCCCAUUCACUGCUCCAUCGAUUCACAAGGGAACGUAGUAGCGAGCUACUUGCCCAGAGUGCAUGACAAGUACAGCUCGGCUACCUUUGACCUGAGCAUGGUGCUCUACAUGGACCAGAGCUUUAGUCAUCCUAUCUACUCGUACCCAUUCGAGGUGGACCUCGGAGCCCCGAUCUACGCGGAGGUGCUUCUCAACUCCCCCACCAACGACCUGCUGUUGUUUCUGGAGACGUGUAGAGCCUCCCCCUUUACUGGUGCCAACGACAGCGACUCCUACUUCAUCAUUAGAAAUGGAUGUCAAGAGGACCCAUCCUACGUCAACUACUUCAGUGGCGACAACAAGAGGCAGCAUUUCAGCUUCCAGAGUGUGGAGUUCUCCAAUGGCUUCCAGGUGUACCUGGAGUGCUCUGUACACAUUUGUCACAUUUCCAACCGGAACUCGACAUGCCAGCGAGGGUGCGUGCGCACCAAACGGUCCGUGCGUGACCUCGUCAGCUGGGAGAAGCGUGCCGAGCGCAACGUGGACCUGUCUCAGGGCCCCCUGCGGCUCCGCAAGUCACGGCAGGCUUCUGGGGUGCUGAGCUCGCUGGCGGGCAUGGUGUACGCCCUGGCUGCCGCCCUGGCCGUCGCAGCCGUGUGCGUGGCCGCGGUGAAAGUCUACCGCCACCGCGCCGCAGGGCCCCAGUAUCACCACGUCGUCACCAACGAUGAAUUCGCGACCUGAUGGACACGCUUUUUACACUUUACUAUUCGUCAUCGCUACGUAGCCUCUUGCAUGAAUUGCUUAUGGAUUGUGUAAGUGAUUGAGUUUGUUUUAAAAGGGCUUUUACAAGGCUAAGGUGAAUUUUUUUUAUUGGAACCGUGAGAUUAAUCUGCAAUGUGGAUACUGCAUGUGCUCUAUAUGUUUUUUUAUGAACUGCAGUAAUGUUGAAAUUCGUUAAUUGAAUUAUUUAAUGGUCGAAUAUCUUCAUACAGAAUAGAUACUGCAUUUUUGAAAUGAAGACUAUUACAAUAGUUUACAUAUUUGGCACACACAAUGAAGACGAUCUGUAUGCUCUUUUGUUCUUUCGGUAAAGUCACGUAGGUAGAGAAAAUAAAUAAAUAAUACAUCACGACGUUUCGA